AUGUCGUCGAGUGGCAUCACCAACUUCCUCCCUUCCUACGCCUCCUACAACUGGACUGGUGCCCCCGCAGACUACUCUUUAGCCACAAAUGCGCAAACAGGAGGAGACUCACGGACGGAGAAUCUGAACAAGUGGUAUCAAUCCGGCGACCAGGCAUAUAUCAUCAUCUCAUCAUGUCUGGUCUUGAUCAUGGUGCCGGGCCUCGGCUUCCUCUACUCGGGCCUCGCGCGACGAAAGUCGGCCUUGUCACUGAUGUGGGCUUGCAUGGCUGCUGGCAGUAUCGUCAACUUUCAGUGGUACUUCUGGGGCUACUCACUCACCUUUUCUCCAACCGGCCAGAGCGGCUUCAUUGGAGAUUUGGUCCAUUUUGGGCUGAAACGGACUCUGGGGAACCCGAGCCCUGGUUCGCCUCUUAUUCCUAGUCUCCUAUACUCCUUCUACCAGAUGCAAUUCUGCGCCGUGACCGCCGCGAUCGUUGCCGGUGCUGUUGCAGAGCGCGGUCGAUUGAUGCCUUUCCUUGUUUGGACCUUCCUCUGGGCCACCCUGGUAUACAAUCCGAUCGCUUGUUGGGCGUGGAACGCCAAUGGGUGGGCAUUCAAAUACGGUGUCAUGGAUUAUGCCGGCGGCGGGCCUGUCGAGAUUGGCUCUGGCAUGUCUGCACUGGCUUAUUCGAUGGUUCUGGGGAAGAGACAGGAGAAGAUGAUGCUCAACUUCCGACCCCACAACGUUUCGUUUAUCCUGCUGGGCACGGUUCUGCUCUGGUUUGGCUGGCUGGGCUUCAACGGAGGCUCCGCCUUUGGAGCCAACCUCAGGGCUGUCAUGGCUUGCUGGAACUCCAAUCUGACGGCCACUUUUGCCGCAGCGGCUUGGGUCCUGCUCGAUUUCAGGUUGGCUCGGAAAUGGUCCAUGGUCGGCUGGUGUUCCGGUACCAUCUCUGGACUUGUGGCUGCUACGCCGGCAUCCGGAUAUCUUGAAACGUGGGGGAGUGUCGUGUUGGGGAUUGUUACUGGCAUUGCCUGUAACUUUGCCACCAAGAUCAAAUACUGGGUCCGGAUUGACGACUCCAUGGACGUGUUCGCCGAACACGGCGUUGCUGGCAUGAUCGGUCUGAUGUUCAAUGCCCUGUUCGGGGUCGACUACGUCGUCGGUCUCGACGGAGUCAACACGGGCGUCCCGAACCCUACGACUGGCACCGGCGUCGGCGGGUGGCCCAUCGGCAACUAUCGCCAAUUCUACAUCCAGCUGGCUUAUGUCCUGGCAUGCACGGGCUACGCCUUUGUCAUGAGCGCCAUCCUCGCCUACAUCGUCAAUUUCAUUCCGGGCCUGCACCUCCGCGCUUCGGAAGAGGCUGAACUGCUCGGCAUGGAUGACGACCAACUCGGCGAGUUCGCCUACGAUUACGUCGAGGUCCGCCGUGACUAUCUUGCCUGGACACCGCAAAACCGGGAUCAGAACGGCAUCGACCCGAACAUCCCGAGCGAAGACCGCUACGGCAUCGGCGAACACUCAGACAUGAUCAGGAAAGCGGCCAACAGCGCCAACGGUGCUGUCGGCGGCGACUCGACGACGGCCAGCUCGCGCAGUAACCAGGAACUGCCCGCCCAGGGAGACCGGCAUGCCAUCAGGGCCGAAGACAUAGAGAAGAUCAAGCAUGAUCCGGAGGCAUGA